GGGCGGAUGUUUUUCUUUCGGGAAUGAUUAAAUGUGUGAAACAAUAUAAGCGUGAGCAUUGAUUACACAAUUGGUGCGUGUGAGCACAAGAUGGAGGUACAGGGCAGAUGAGAUAGUAGGCCUCCGCUAGAGAGAGCCACUGAGCAUUCGGUGUUUUAUCCAAGACAGUCAUGGCGGCUUCAGCAGAAACAGGCUCUUUGACAGUGAGCUAAAGCUGUUUGUGUGUGUGGUGGUGUAUGUGGAAGAGAGCCGAGAAAACGAAUUUCAAGUCUUCACACCGACUGAUUAUCUCGUUCGAGGGAUAACAUAAGGAAUCGCCAAGUUAUCUACGUGUGUGUAUGUGUGUGUGUGGAUGUGUGUGUGUGAGUGAGAGUGAGUGAUGGCUGCAUCACUGUAGUGGGUCGGGCCGAACCCCCGUAUCUUCUUGUUUUUCUUUUUUCCGCAUCUGCCGAUUUCGGUGCUCUCACGAACAAACGCACAUGGAUUAUUGUCGAUAGGCAUUGUGUCUGGAAUCUCCUUUGGACUUGUUCAGUGGAUCGGUUGAGCAGAGCAGCCUCCAUCAGGAAUCGUUGUGUGUUGCCACCCAGGCACUCCCCAUCAAAACGGAUAACAGGAGCCACAAAGAUCCAUCCAGUUAAAGUCUCAGCCACAAUAGGGAACAAGGCGCCGAACGGGCGGUCGACCGGAUCGCCAAAAGAGUCCGGCACCGCCAGUGUCAAACCAGUGGCUGCUGGGCCCAGCCCCAACGAACUCACCAACUCUCAUCCUUUGGUUCAUCAGUCAAAGAGUGGAGGCGGCCGGCCGAAACCGCAGUCGGUCGAAAAACAGAGCUACGUCGCCUAUGCGGCGGGUGAAACGACGGAUCAGCAGCAUCCGCCGAGCCGCCGCAGCUGGUCGACGGCCAUCGUCAUGGGCUGCUUCGGCCGCAGCUCCUCCAAAUCGGAUGCGGAGGAGAGCAAACGGCGUAAAGAGGCCAACAAAAAGAUCAACCAGCAAAUACAAAAGGACAAGCAAGUCUACAGGGCAACACAUCGGCUCCUAUUGCUCGGAGCCGGCGAGUCGGGCAAAAGCACCAUAGUCAAACAAAUGAGGAUUCUCCAUGUUGACGGAUUCAGCGAAGAGGAGAAAAUUCAGAAAAUUGAAGACAUCAAAAAGAAUAUUCGUGAUGCCAUCCUGACAAUAACGGGAGCGAUGAGCACGCUGACGCCGCCCGUCUCAUUGGAGAAUCCUGCCAAUCAGUUUAGAGUCGAUUACAUUCAGGACGUUGCCUCGCAGCCGGAUUUUGAUUAUCCACCUGAAUUCUACGACUAUACGGAGGUUCUAUGGCAAGAUAGAGGCGUCCAGGCCUGCUACGAGCGCUCCAACGAGUACCAGCUGAUCGAUUGUGCCAAAUAUUUUCUGGAUCGAGUGCACAUCGUCAAGCGGUCCGAUUACACACCUACCGAACAGGACAUUCUACGUUGUCGUGUUCUGACUUCCGGUAUUUUCGAGACGAGGUUCCAGGUCGACAAAGUCAACUUUCAUAUGUUUGACGUGGGCGGUCAGCGGGACGAGCGGCGUAAAUGGAUCCAGUGCUUCAAUGACGUCACGGCCAUUAUCUUCGUGACGGCCUGCUCGUCGUACAACAUGGUCCUGCGUGAAGAUCCCAGUCAAAACCGACUGCGCGAAUCCCUUGACCUUUUCAAAUCCAUUUGGAAUAACCGGUGGCUCAGGACGAUAUCUGUCAUUCUCUUUCUUAACAAACAGGAUCUGCUGGCAGAAAAAGUUCGAGCUGGCAAAUCUCGCCUGGAUGAAUACUUUCCCGACUUUUCUCGUUACGUCACUCCGCCGGAUGCGGCUACUGAACCCGGAGAGGACGCUGAGGUGGUAAGAGCCAAGUAUUUCAUUCGAGACGAGUUCCUCCGCAUUUCAACGGCCUCUGGUGACGGCAAGCAUUAUUGCUACCCUCAUUUCACCUGCGCCGUUGACACGGAGAAUAUCCGGCGUGUCUUUAACGACUGCCGAGACAUCAUCCAACGGAUGCACCUCCGCCAGUAUGAACUCCUCUGAGAAACAGCCCCAACAAUUAUUGACGAGCUAAGAAGAAAAAAUGACAAAAAUAGGAAAUUAGCCACUCGCGCACAUUAAACAAAAAGAUUUAAAAAACAAAAAAAAGGAAAAAAAAGCCUGUCCCGUUUACCUGUCCCCCUUUCCUCUUAUACCCAGCACAGACACACCUUACGCACGUUACCACCCGCUUCGGUGUGAUUUUUUCCUCUUCGUCAAUCCCUCCUCAUCUUUUUUUUUCCUCCUCCUCCACCUGUCCCGUUUACCUUCCCAUCGAGUCAUUGGCGUUUUAUAUAGUACCAUAUUAUAUAUAUCCCUCAACUCCAUCCACACACACACUCUAUCCGCAGAGAAAGGAAGAAAAAGAGAAGCGGAUGAGAAGAUCAAAAAGUUCUUCUUCCGUCACACACAUUUCGCUCUCCACGUCUCUUAAUUUGGAUUUGAUCGUGACGCACAAACGGGAGCAGCCGCAAGAGAGGGAGAGAAAUCGUGAAAACACUUAACACACACAAAAAUUGAAAGAAGAAAGAAAAGAAGAAAUUCGUGGAAAAAAGGAAACAUUGUGUUGAAGAGAGAGUGUGUCGUGUCGUUGUGUGCGCGCAGUGCUGUUUUUUUUUCUCGCUCUUCUUCGACGCGAAGAAGAAGAAGAAAAAAAAAUAAUUCCGGAUUGGAUUUUAUUUGUUUAUUUUUUGGGGCAACUAUAGGGGGGAAGGGGGAAGAAGAGAAAAAGCGGGUAGAAGAAAAAGGAACAAAAUAUAUAUCUGCGCGGUGUCGUGUUUUUGCGCUCCGUGUGAUUCCGUGAAGAAGAAGAAGAAGAUUUAGAAAAAUAAAAGAAAAUUGAACAAAUAUGGAGUCCUCCAUCAUCAUCAUCUUGUCCUACCCCAUAGCGAAGGAAGUUGAUGGAAGAAAAGACAGAAAAAAAAAUUGGAAAUCACCCCCAUUUCUUGAAGAAGAGAAAAAUUUCAUACAUGUAUUUUUAGGUUGAAUGUGUUCAGCAACCACACCAGAGGCAAGUUAAGACAAAUAUCCCCUCCCCCCCCCCCCCCACAACAAAUAUGUCAUCUUUCAUUUUUCCAUCCUCCAUUGAUCCCUUGUGCGGCUCCCACCCAGGCUCGCGGGGGCGAUUGGGUUCGACAAAAAAUGUUCAAAAAUAUUUUUAAUUUUUACUUUGACAAAUUUGAAAAAAAGGAAGAAAAACUUUAAAAAAAGUUUUUUUUUAUUGUAAGAGAAAGAAGAAGAAAAAACUAAAAUGUUGCAAAAAAAAAUCGUGAGUAUCUUGUGUCAAACGAGGCCAGUGUUUGUUCGUACACCCUACCGCCCCCCCUCCACUCCCCCCUCUCUCAUCCGUCUGCUCCAUUUGGAAAAGGAAAGAAAAAAAGGAAAAAUCAAAUUUCGGUUCUUAAUUAUUAUUAUUAUUAUUAUUAUUUGUGUGCGCGUGUGUGUGUGUGUGUGUGUGUGUGUCAUGACGGACUGUGCGACGACAAAGUCAUCUCCUCACGACGACGACCUCCUCCUCCCCCC